AUGUUUGGACCUCAUACAUCAGUACAUACACGAAUUAUUUCUGCAGCUAUUACGUGUCGAUAUAAAUUCUGGAUAACAGAUUUGCUUCUUGGUGUUUCAGUUUUCGGAGGUCUUCAUUUCUCAGUAAUGAUUAAUAGAUGGGCAAUACAUUACGAGUCGAAAAUCCAUUCAGGAUAUAUUGAGGGGACAGAUAUUCAGCAUAUAUUCAGUUUGUUCGGAGCAUCAAAGCAGUCAAAAUCACCAGUUUGUCCCAUUCCAUCCCUGCACAGAAAGUUCAAAGACUACAAAGAUUAUGCAAAAGAGAUACAGUUUUUAUUGCGAUCUAGUGUCCAACAUCUUGGGAUAGUUGUACGAAUAUUCGGUGACUCGCUAUCGGAGGAGUUAUCUCAAAUCCGCACUUUUACAGAAUCCCUUCUGUCCGAAUGUGAUGAUUUAAGCGAAGUUAGCCUAUCUGCUCGUCGUUUACUCACAUCAAUCAAAUCUGCCCAGCUUGUUUUUGAUCGUGCUUCAGAGGUGCAUGGUCACAUAACUCUACUAAGUGAAUGCGUUGACGAUGCCCAGGAAGAUCAAACGCGUCUUCUUGGUUCAUGUUUAAUAGAACCUGCAGAAGACGAGACGUUUUACAGCUUUGCUCACUACUCAGACGCAGUUUUCAGUAAUGAUUGCCGAGAAUGGAUAAAUGUUUUAGCUCAGAUACCGCAUAUUACACGCACGCUUACUAACGAGUUCCAAAGGAUUUUACGAGUUACAUUAACUAACGCAUCUAGUCGUCGGCAUGCGGAGAUAAAAUUACGGUUUUCUGACCCUCAUUCAUGUCAGUUGUGUACGACAAGUUUUACAUAUGACAGUGUAAAUUUAACAGCACCAGGACAGCCUUCAGAACCCUGUUAUGCAUUACCUCAUCAGUCUGACAUUUCACAAUCAUAUUGGCCGGAUGCUGCUUCAGGCUACGCUAUCAACAGCUGUGCAGGUAGAGGCGUAAGUAGUACAUACAAUUCAUCUGACAAUGUUACUUCUCUAUCUCUACCCUUCUGUUCUCUCUCAACAAAUCAACAAUUUUUUAAUUCACCAUCUUUUACAUCCUUUACAAAUCCACGUCAACAAAAGCCAACGGAUCAUUCCUCCAAUACAAAACACAGCACAAGUCCAAGAUCAGUUAGCAUUUCACCUUUACCUCUCCAGUUAGCACACAAAUCUAUACCGGAUUUUGUAAAUAAUGAUCGCAUUCAGAAUCAGACUGAAGAUCUAACUGUUCGAACUUCUGAUUAUGGUUUGUCAACAUCGUCUUCAUCAUCUGCAAUCAACGAUGACGGUAUGAAGGCUGCCGGUGAUAAUGAAUGCAGUUUAAAUGAAAAGGUUUUCUCUGAUGAUACCGAUAAUUACUCUUCAGGAACUGGCUCGUUUAAAGAAGGUCAAGCACAGUUGAUGGAACUCCUUCAUUUCAGUUUCGAUUUAACUACAGUUUCACCAUCAUGCAGUCAUAUGGUAAUCGCCUUUCGUUAUCUUCUACCUCAACUUUUGCUUCUACCGAAUUUGCAGUUACUACAGCUGGCAGAUCACAUAGAGGCUCUCCGUACACAAGCUACUGAAGAAAGUGAACAAGCUAUUCUCAGGGACGUAAUGUCUAUAUUAUCAAAAACUCGAUCUUCUGUGUCCGCUACAUUAUUUAAUCAGGAUUGGGUAAAGCUUGUGUAUCCGAAAUUGUCUUUUUUGAUGAAAACGCCUCUUUCUGAUGAUCCGUGUCCAGCUGAAGGAAAAAGCAGACUAGAAGAAUUGAUAUGUUCUGUUCGUCGUAUACAACAUCCUUCUGAACUUCCACUUGUUAUGUCUGAGUUUAUUAUGGAGGGCCGUGUACAGAUAAGAACUGAUCAUAAUCGCCCUAAAAAGUGUGAACGAAUGGCGUAUCUUUUUAAUAAUUGGUUGCUUUUAUGUAAGAAACAAAAACGAGUACUUAGUAACGUUGUAUCUACUUCUUCGUCUAGUGCAAAUUAUGUGAUGAAAGUAAAAAGCCGUAUUUGUUUGGAGCAGUUUCAUCUCAUAGAUCUAGCCCCGGAAGUCAAUGAUAAUAACGAAGUUACGUUUUCAUUUGACUUGGAAUUUUGGGAAGCACCGAAGUUGUCUUCCGUUAUGUCUGGUUUGCAACAUGACACAGCCAAUUCAUCUUUCAAUUUACAUUCAUGUAACAAUCCCACUGCAUCAUCUGGUGAACUUCAGUCUGUAUUUCCUGGUACAUUAAAUCAGAGUCAAUUUCAAGUUGGCAGUGUAUUAUCUGUUUCGACGUUAACUAGUACUAACACGUUGGUUGAUAACUCUCCAGACUCCAAGCUAAACUUAACUUCUGGAAAUGCUGAAAGCAACAAGUCACUGAUUCUUCCAACAGCUGAAGAUGCAGCUACUGCUUCAAAUAAUGCUCUCAUAGACGUUAUCUCAUCUUACCCGAAGCAACGUUUCACGUUCAUCUUUCUUAGCAGAGAAGAUAAAGCGAAUUGGAUGUCAGCUUUAGUGUAUCUUCAUUUAUCUAGAUUGUUCAAACGAUAUCUGAUGUCCCUUCCACGUCAAGACCUUCCUCUGAUCUUGCCAUCUCCUUCCAUAUACCGAUAUGCUGUUCCAGAUUCACCACUUAAUAUUAUUUUGGAACCUCCACAAACUGAUGGCAGCUCAGGAAUUCCUAUUGUUCGUGCUGCAACAAUCCUAAAACUCAUUGAACGAAUGACCUACCAUGAAUACUUUGAUAGCAAAACUCUCAAUGCCUUUCUUUUGACCUACAGACGUUAUGUUACAGCUUUGGAGCUAUUGGACUUAUUGAUCGAGCGAUUCAACAUACCAAAUCCAGAUUUUACAGAAGCUGCCAAUGAAAAAUUCAAUUCAGUUAAGGGUAGUGAUUGUCUGACUACUGCUGCCUGGCGUCUAGAGCAGCGUUUCCGUUCAGUAUACAAACGGCGUGUACAAUAUAGAGUUUUAAACUUCAUAAUCAAAUGGGUGAAAAAUUCCUCCUAUUAUAAACUGGAUAUACUGCCAGAUGCUACAUUACGCAGUAAAUUAUGGAGCUUUCUAGACACAGUGGAUGCUCGCAAUUUAUCUGAUAAUGUGGCUAAUAUUCGUAAAUCACUACUUGGUGAUCGAAUAAGAUCGGUGCCAACAAUUCAACAGCUUCCACCUGAGCCACUUGAUUUCGGCUUAGCUAUGCUUUCCGAUGAUGUGAAAUUAACCACAGUUCACCCACUUGAAUUAGCUCGUCAGGUUACUUUAUAUGAGUGGGAACUAUACUCUCGUAUCGAAUUCUGGGAAGUUACUGGUAAGGAAAAAAUUAAAUCUCCCAAUUUCGAGGCAUCACUGCAAUUUUCUAAUAAGUUUAAAUGGUGGCUAGUCAGUUCAAUCAUGUCAGCCCAUCAUUUAGAAGAUAGAAUGGUAGUCAUGCAACGUGUGGCCGACCUACUGACAUAUUUCGAACAUUUAAACAAUUUACAAGGAGUUCAAGAAGCUAAAGCUGCUCUUUUAAGUUCUCCUGUAUUUCGUUUAAGUGAAACAUACGAGGCUCUUAUCUCCAAGUCUAAACAGCAUUAUCGUAAUUUGUUUGAAUGUUUACGCCAGUCAGUUGAAAGUGAUAAUGGAAAUAUUUAUUUUGAUGAUUACCAAGAGAAAUUGCAUCGAAUUCAUCCACCUGGUCUUCCAUUUAUUGCAGUCGGUGAUAAAACACAAUUGAUACAUUUAGAAUUAAAGCAUUCCGAUUGGGUUAAUCCUUCUUCAUCACCGUUUGUAUCAGUUGCAGAUGUACGCGAUUCGAAUAGUAAUUGUUUAAUAAAUUUUUGGAAAUGUCGUCAAUUAGCUGAACUUGUUGAAUACUAUUUGUCUUUUCAACAAACACCAUACAAUUUCUCUAUCAAUAAACCAAUUCGUAACUUUUUAGAAACACUAGACCCUUUAAAGUCAUGGGGUGUUGAAAGUGAAAAUGCCUUUGACGAUAUAAUGUAUGAAAAAUCUUUGAAAAUCCAGCCUAAACUCGGUGACACAUCUUCAACAGCAUCUCGAGAACGCAGCUUCACACCUGUGGAACUAAAAAUUGCAGCUGCAUUGAAUCUCGUUCAGCCGGAUCCCAAUCUUACUGCUGAUUCACGCGAGUUUCGUAACCUUGUUCAGAUGAUUUCCACUGUGAAAAACUGUUCUUCAUCUACUACCAAUGAAAACCAGUUAGUGAAGGUUUCUUCUGAUCUAUCUGACAAAACGUUUGAGCGGUCAAGUAGUAAGUUGAAUACCACAGUGUGUGCAACAAUUAAUGAAUCUGCUGUAUACCCUCAAAAUUCUGAAGAAAAAUCAUCUUUGCUUUCUGAAGCCGACAAAAUCUGCAUUGACUUGAAGCCAUCCAUUAUUGGAGAUAGUUAUGGGGAUCUACGUGUUACUUCUCCAACAGUUGCAAAACCUAAGGACAUUGAAAGGCCACCAUCAGUACCAUUCGACAUAAAAUGUGUACAAAGAUGUGAAGAAACACAUGCAAAAAACAGUUCUCCACCACCUCUUCCACCUCGAAUUAGCAAGUAUUCAAAUGUAAAUACACAUUCAGAACAAUUAUUUCGUCAACCUUCGCCGUCGCAAGGAUUUCAUAAUUAUCCCAUUUCCACAUCUUUGCACCACAGCAAUGUAUGCUGUACGACUCUACCUGCAAUGGAUACAUUAACCAUUUGUUCAACGGAUAGUCACAUUUCAUAUGAUUGUAUAGCGGAAAAUUCGUCAAAGUUACAGUCAUCAAGUGCCUCACAGGAAUGUGGAAAUGCACCUAUGAAUGAAACUCCAGACAGUGUUAGUCCUCCUCCAAGACCAUCACGCAGAAGUUUGAUUUCUGUAUCCUCUCGUACGCUGCCAACCGAGAGAAAUUGUUCUCCAUCAUGUGAAGCAACAGAACUUUCAGGUUUUGCAUCUAGAUCGUUAAAUGUUAACACGUUAAAUCCACCUACUCUGCCUCCUCGUAAUCCGUCGCAUAAAGAGUCAACAGUGGAGAAUGCUGAUAUUCAUGGUGAAUCAGUUGGCUUAUCAAAUUUAGCAAAUCCUACUCGUGUUUUUUUAUCACACAACACAACCAUUACAACAGAUCGUUCAUCACCACCUCCAUUGCCUCCUAAAAAAAUCAGUUCCUCAUAAAUUUUCAAAUUCUAUACAAUAUCCUACUGUUUAUGCUGUGUACAUUUUAAUAUUGUGAUUUGUUUUCUCAGAUCAGUGUAAUUAUGUGAAUACUUAACUUUUAUUGUAUUUCUUUGUAAAAAUAGAAUUUAAAAUUUUGUUUAUCAUUUUUUGAUCAGCUUUUCGUUUUGUAACCUUUUUCGUAUAUUUAUGAUAUUUAAUAUAAUAUUCUUUCUUCUUUCACACUCCGAUUGUAUUUCUGUACAGAAUUUAAUUUGAUGUUCUUAUGAAGCUUUUAAUUUACUUUUAUUGUUUACUUUCACGGUAUACUUUGCUUCAU